AUGGUAACAGUACCCACAGUCCCCCACAGCAACGGACCCCACAGCCUCCCACAGCAACGGUACCCACAGCCUCCCACAGCAACAGCACCCACAGCCCCCAACAGCAACAGCACCCACAGCCCCCAACAGCAACUGCAUCCACAGCCCCCCACAGCAAUGGCACCCACAGCCUUCCACAGCAACGGCACCCACAACCUCCCACAGCAACGGCACCCACAGCCCCCCACAGCAACAGCAUCCACAGCCUCCCACAGCAACGGCACCCACAACCUCCCACAGCAACGGCACCCACAGCCCCCCACAACAACAGCACCCACAGCCUCCCACAGCAACGGCACCCACAACCUCCCACAGCAACGGCACCCACAACCUCCCACAGCAACGGCACCCACAACCUCCCACAGCAAUGGCACCCACAGCCUUCCACAGCAACAGCAUCCACAGCCUCCCACAGCAACGGCACAUACAACCUCCCACAACAACGGCACCCACAACCUCCCACAGCAACGGCACCCACAACCUCCCACAGCAACGGCACCCACAACCUCCCACAGCAACGGCACCCACAACCUCCCACAGCAACGGCACCCACAACCUCCCACAGCAACGGCACCCACAGCCUCCCACAGCAACGGCACCCACAACCUCCCACAGCAACGGCACCCACAACCUCCCACAGCAACGGCGCCCACAGCCCCCCACCUCACACCUCCCCACAGCACAUCCACACAGCAAAGAGGAGGGGUCGAAAACAUUAAAAUAGUGAGGGUGCUCCGGCACUAUGAGUAA